CUUUUCUCGGAGGUAACGGUCAGUAACGGCUAAAGUUGGAUUUUUCUGUUCAGAGACGCUAGUUUUGCAAACCAAGGAAACCGCAAAGAAUUGUGCGUUUUUCAAGCGAUUACCAUCGCUUAUCGUGUAGAACUCUUUGUAAAGACUCAUUAUGUCUCGUGUGAUCAGAAUCGAUGAGAACCAGGGAAUCGGGAAUGUGACGGAAGCGAUAAAGAAAGGAGCAGCCACGAAGCGACCCGUCCUGGGGGAGCUGGGCAAUAAAGUGCUGCGAAGUGCGGCCCAAGAUCUGAAAGGAGCUGCUAACCUGAAAAAUGCCAAUCCGGGACUGAAGAAUGUGAAGCCGCGGGUGGAUACUCGAUGGCGGAAGGAAGAGAACGCCACGGUGACUAAUGCCACGAAGAAGCCUCUGGGUAAAUCGGAUUCGCUCAAAAUCGCCAAGAAUGAGGAAAAAACGGCACCAUCUAAACCAGGUACGAAAGGGCAGACCCAAGAAGCCGUCAGGGUGCAUGUGCAAUUGAACAAUGGGAACGAAAUCAAGAAGGUCAAUCUGAAAAGAGAGGAAAGCCACCCAGCAGCGCACGGACAGCUGGCAAAAGCUAACCGAAAAAUUUCCACCGAGGCGAAAAAUGCUGCAACUAGCGGUUCUUCCUCCUCUCUGGACAAAGUAGAAACUGUUGCAACAUCGAAGCAACGGUCGGCCGAUACCCAUUCGCAAAAGCUACUAGAGAACAUUGAAAAUAUCGACAAGAAUGAUGGAUGGAAUCCCAUGCUGGUAUCGGAGUACGUAAACGAUAUUUACAAGUAUCUGAACAGGUUGGAAAGCUCGGCGGAUUAUGCACUGCGGGAGAACUUUUUAGACGGCCACACGGAGGUUACCUAUAAAAUGCGUGCCAUCCUGAUUGACUGGAUCAAUGAAGUGCACAAUCAGUUCAAAUUGGAUAUCGAUACAUAUCACAUGACGGUGUCGUUGAUCGAUAGAUAUCUCCAGACUGUGAAAACUGUCCCAAAGAAGAAACUGCAGCUAGUCGGGGUGACGGCCAUGUUUAUUGCAUCGAAGUACGAAGAACUCUUUCCUCCAGACAUCCAAGAUUUUGUGUUCAUUACCGAUGACACGUACGAAAAGUACCAGAUAUUGGAAAUGGAAAAGGAGAUGGUGAGAGCGCUAAACUUCCAGAUGGGAAAACCUUUGCCGACACACUUCCUGCGUCGGUUUUCAAAGGCAGCCAAAGCGUCGGACCUGAAUCACGUACUUGCUAAAUAUCUGAUUGAACUGGCCAGCGUGGAUUAUAGCACCGCGCAUUACAAACCAUCUGAGAUUGCCGCCGCAGCACUUUACAUUUCGCUGUUUCUAUUCCCCUUAAACAACACUGGUGCAGCAGCAUGCAUUUGGAACAAAACAUUGGAACAUUAUACGCACUAUACGGUGCAGGAGUUGAUUCCGAUUGUGCAACGAUUAGCCAACGUCAUUAAGGCAGUGCCGGAAAUGGCAAAGAAGAAACUAAAAGCUACGUGGCUAAAGUACUCCCUGCCGAAGCUGCAAAAUAUCUCCACUCAUCAGAAACUUGGUGGAUCUGAAAUUGACUUGUUGGCACAGGGAAAGCUUCGUCUGUGAGAAGCAAAUGCAACAUUCAAGAUAUUUUUAGAAUAAUGUGUAUCAAUCCAUUCAGCGUUUGCUAGUAUUUUACAUUAUACCGAACCACCACAUUUUUUUUUAUAAAUCGACAGACUGGACGUACAUCGUCGAUAGAUAGCAAAUUUUGACUGACGUGGUACUUUGUUUCAUACUAUUGAUAAAUCGUUAAAUAAAUUACUGGGUGAGAUAUGAUCAAGGUUAAA